AUGAUUUAAUUAAGUAAAGAUUCUUAUUUUUGCUACUUGUACAAAAACCCCUUAUUAAAUGAAUUUAAAAGACUAUUUUAAGCUAAUAACUUCAACUAUGAUUAAAUUAUAAUUUAUCUACUUUUAUUGCUUUUAAUUAUUACUACUUUAUUCCUAGUUUAUCAUGUGAAUAAAUUCCAAUAUUAAGCAUAAAUAUUUUUAAAAUUUUUUCAGUUAAACCAAUUUAGUUGCACCAACUAAAAAUAAGAUUGGAUUGAGGUGCUGAAUCAAAUGGCAGGAGUUAGGAAUAAUGGUCAUCAAAGACCAAAAAAUGUAUACAAUGUAUUACAAAUUCUAAAAGAAGUUCACUUGUUAAAAUUUAAUGUUGGUAUUCAGACACAUUAUUUUGUUUUUUGAUUAAUUCUUUUUUAUGAAAGAAAAUUCUGGAGAAUCGGAAAAUAAAGAAUGAGCAAAACUAAUCAUCUAGCACAUAUUUCCAUCACUAACAGCAAACCACUAAAUGACAAGGGCCAGAAUCAUAAAAAAUAAGGCCUAAAUGAACUUCUUAUAGAAUUUGCAAUUCCUUGAAUACUUCUUUUGAAUUUGAAGAUCAU